AUUAUUGUUGUUGCUACAGAUUGUGGACUUUGAAACCCUGCAGUUUGAUUUCUUUUUUUUUUUUUGUUAUUCAAUUUACAGAAAACAAAAAAUAUCCUCAAGAUGCUAAGACGAAAAGUUCAUGCAACUGCUACGACAAGCUUAAGUCGCUAUUCCUCCACCACGACAACAACUCAUGGCCGGCAUUUUCAAUAUCUACAGUGCUCCAAAUUGCCCACUUUAUAUUUUCAACGAUCACUACCAAGAUUACCUAUACCUUUGCUGGAUAAUACUUGCCAGCGAUUCCUAGCAGCUGUCCAGCCGUUGCUGAGUCCCUCAGAGCUUGGUCAUACACAACAAGUGUUAACUCAAUUCCGUGAGGGCAUUGGAAUGGAAUUACAUGCCAAAUUGAAAGACAUCGAUGAUCGGAAUAAGCACACAAGUUAUAUAUCUCAGCCCUGGUUCGAUAUGUAUUUAUCUGAUCGGGCUCCUUUGCCCCUAAAUUAUAAUCCUUUGCUAGUAAUGAAAAGCGAUAUACGUCCCGAGUAUCAAGAGCAGAUAGUUCGAACCACAAAUCUGAUUAUCAGUUCGUUACGCUUUUGGCGUUCACUUCAAAAUAAUCUUCUCGAACCGGAAGUCUACCAUAUGAACCCAAAGAAGAGUGACACCGCCAGCUAUCGUCGAUGGAUGAAGGUUGCUCCCAAAGCAUUAGCCACAUAUGCUUCUUAUGCAUUUAAAGCUUUCCCCUUGGACAUGAGCCAAUACCAUAGACUAUUUGGCACCUCCCGCAUACCUCGAUUGGGGAAAGAUGAGCUGGUCCACGCACCGGAAUCGAAACAUAUUCUAGUCAUGAGAAGAGGCCACAUGUAUGCAGUAAAUGUACUUGAUUCCAGUGGUUUCAUAGAGAGUCCAAGUGUGAUUAUGGGCAGGCUAAAAGCUGUACUCCAACUGGAUGGCCAGCGGGAAGCUGCAGAAGUACCUUUGGGUGUUUUAACCUCUGCUCAAAGAGACGAAUGGGCCAAAGCCAGGGCCCAUUUGGUGAAGAGCUCACAUAAUGCUGAUAUUUUACACCGCGAAGUUGAUGCAUCAUUGUUCUGCGUAUGCCUAGACACACCGGAGGAUGGCGUCUUCCAGGAGGAGAACCAAGUGCCUCUGCUAAAACAUUUGCUAGGAGGCAAGGCAACGAAUCGCUGGUUUGAUAAGUCGAUUUCUCUUUUAAUCAGUGCCGAUGGUACUGCGUCUGUUCACUUCGAGCACUCUUGGGGCGACGGUGUGGCAGUUCUGCGGUACUUCAACGAAGUUUACAAGGAUACCCUAGAACUCCCAUUUGUUUCUACAGAUUCUCCCCACACUCCUGCCGAUGGCGAUACUGGCAAUGUUCGUGCGAUUAACUUUGAUAUUGAUAAUCAAACAAAAAGCUCCGUAGAGGAGGCCUUUGCAAAGAACUCCGCAGUUAUGAAUAGCUUGGAGAUGAAUCUUUUAAAGUAUCCUCGCAUUAACAAAAAAACCUGCAAGCAGUACGGCCUGAGUCCCGAUUCCAUUAUACAACUAUCGUUCCAGCUCGCUUAUAGGCAAGCUUUCAAUAAAUAUGUGGGUACCUACGAGUCCUGCAGCACCUCAGCAUUUCGUCAUGGCCGCACCGAGACAAUGCGGCCAUGCUCUACAGCUACUCAAGCUUUUUGCGAGGCAGUUCUAAAACCGGAAAGCUCAAAACCAUCUGCCAAUGAAUUGAGAUCCAUGAUCGACAAGUGCAGCAAAAUGCAUGGACAGCUAACCAAAGAAGCAGCCAUGGGACAAGGCUUUGACCGUCAUUUGUUUGCAUUACGCCACGUCGCCCAAUUGGAGGGUGUACAACAACCCGACCUAUACGAGACUGAAGCCUAUAAACGAAUAAACCAUAACAUCAUCAGCACUUCAACCUUGGGUUCUGAUGCCCUAUUAGCGGGUUCCUUUGGCCCAGUGGUUAAAGAUGGCUUGGGAAUCGGCUAUUCGAUUCAAAAUGACUUUGCUGGUGCCAUUGUAACCACGUAUAAGGAUCUAGCCGAUGGCAAAGUUUUUAUUAAUAGCUUAGAAUCGGCAUUUAAUAAAAUAUAUAACAUUAUUGAGCAGAGCAGCACGAAGUAGAUUGCCGCCCAGCCCCAAACAAUGCAGACUUAAGUAUGGCUUUAACAAAAAUAAAACAAAAAGCGAAAAAGCAGGCCACCCAAAACAAGACGAAAUUUGCUUUUAUGUAGGUAUUCAAAAUGUCUGAAAUGCAAUAUCUUAUUCCAAGUUUUACAAAUUUAUAGAUAAUAAACAGAGAGAACACUUUUUGGCCCCCUUCCUAGCUCACUGAUUGUAAGGUGUA